UUAUAAUCCCAGAGGUAAAAGUUCAGGGCAGCAAUUGUUUACCCAGCAUGCAUGCCACGGUCUGGCUGCGUCUCUGCUUCUGCAACCCUGUCCCUACAGCGUCCCGCACAGGGCUCCCUGGCAAGGCACCUGGGACGGCUCCUUACCGCGCUGUCUGAGGCUCCAGUAAGAGCCACUGCCGGAAAAGACAAGCAGGCAUCCAGGGAGGCAGCCGGGUGCUGGCUUCCUCUCCUCAGCCCGGUGGGAGGAGUGACGAAGGGGGAGGCUCCGCACCAUAGAGCCAGGCCGCCGUCCGGCGUCACAAGUUGGGGAAACCCAACAGAGACCUCCGCACGGCUCCCUACCUGCCACGGGCCUUCCCUGGGCUGCCGCCGGCCCUCCCUGGGUUGCCACUGCCACGGCUGCAGGCAGAAACCGGUGGUGGAGGGCAGCAUGGCAAAGAGGGUGGCCAUCGUCGGAGGGGGCAGCAGCGGGCUGUGCGCCAUCAAAGCCUGCCUGCAAGAGGGGCUGGAGCCCAUCUGCUUCGAGGCGACCAUGGACAUCGGAGGGCUCUGGAGGUUUGAGGAGAGCCCUGAGGAAGACCGUGCCAGCAUCUACCGCUCCGUCAUCAUCAACACCUCCAAGGAGAUGAUGUGCUUCAGCGACUUCCCCAUCCCCGAGGACUUCCCCAACUACAUGCACAACUCCAAAAUCAUGGAGUACUUCCGCAUGUACGCUCAGCACUUCAACCUGCUCCGCCACAUCCGCUUCGGGACCAGUGUGUGCUGCGUGUCCAAGCGCCCUGACUUUGCUGCCACGGGCCAGUGGGAGGUGGUGACAGAGAGUGAGGGGAAGCAGGAGGCAGCCAUCUUCGACGCCGUGCUGGUGUGCAGUGGACACCACACCAACGCACACCUCCCGCUGAACACCUUCCCAGGAAUUGAGAAGUUCAAGGGCCGCUAUCUCCACAGCCGAGACUACAAGGAUGCUCAGGAUUUCACAGACAAGAGGGUCGUUAUCAUCGGGAUUGGGAAUUCAGGGUCAGACUUGGCCGUGGAGAUCAGCCAAACAGCCAAGCAGGUCUUCCUCAGCACCCGCCGGGGUGCAUGGAUCCUCAACCGCGUUGGAGAUCAGGGCUACCCCAUUGACAUCAUCCUCACCACCCGCAUGAAUAGAUUCCUGCAGCAGCUGAUGAGCUCAUCCAUGGUGAGCGACUUUGCGGAGAAGCAGCUGAACGCCAGGUUCAACCACUCACACUACGGCCUGAAGCCAAAGCACAGGAUCCUUGACCAGCACCCGACCAUCAACGACGACUUGCCCAACCGCAUCAUUUCGGGCAGGGUGUUGGUGAAGCCAAACAUCCAGGAGUUCACGGAGACAUCUGCCAUCUUUGAGGACGGCACCAGGGAAGACAUCGAUGCUGUGGUCUUCGCCACAGGAUACAGCUUCUCCUUCCCCUUUCUUGAAAAAUACGUGAAGGUGGUGGAGAACCAGAUCUCCCUCUACAAAUUCAUGUUCCUUCCUGACCUGGAGAAGCCUACACUGGCUUUCAUUGGCCUCAUUCAGCCCCUGGGUGCCAUCAUGCCCAUCUCUGAGCUCCAGUGUCGCUGGGCCACUCGCAUCUUCAAGGGGCUGAACAAGCUGCCCCCACAGCACAACAUGGAGGCUGACAUCAAGCGGAAGAAAGAAGCCAUGGCAAAGCGGUACGUGAAGAGCCAGCGGCACACCAUCCAGGUGGAUUACAUCCCCUACAUGGAUGAGCUCGCCUGCCAGGUGGGGGUCAAGCCCAACCUGCUCACCCUCUUCCUCACUGACCCCAAGCUGGCACUGGAGGUGGCCUUUGGGCCCUGCACGCCGUACCAGUACCGCCUGCAGGGCCCAGGCAAGUGGGCAGGUGCCAGGGAGGCCAUCCUCACCCAGCAGCAGCGUAUCAUCAAGCCCCUACAGACACGGCGUGUGGAGAAGCAAGCACUGGCCCCUGCUGUGCCCCUCAUCUUCAAGCUGGUUGGGGCUGUGGCCAUCUUCGCUGUCAUUUUUGCUUACUUGUAGGUGCCUUACAAGUGUGGGAAGGGAGGCUUUGUGAUGUGCUGGGGGGGCUGACUGGCCAUCCCCUGCCCUGAGGCAGCCUGUGCAUCCCAGUACUGGCAGGAGCCCUCCUCCUGCCCAGUAUGGCCCCACUGUGGCCACACUGCCAGCUCAGGGUGAACAGAGCCUCCCUGGCUGCUGAAAUAAUGCUUCAGCACCUCUUUGCACCUCCUCCUGGAGAGCAGCUGCCAGGGACAGGCAACGAAACCUGCUCACAUGCAGGAUAAAAUCCAGACCCCCUUUGGCAGCGCUUUUGACCUAGCAGGGACAAUACCAGCUUUCCUGUUGCCUAUAACCUGUCUGAGCCACCACUGGCACACUCACAUGAGAGCCAAGUAGCAAGGGCACAGCAGACUUCCUAACUAUAAAAGUGUGUUAAACAGAACCAGGUGUCCGUCCCAUCACUGACGCCAUGUCCCACUGCGUGCCAGGGACACACACACAGGUUUGAGGUCAGCCUCGUGCCAGCAGUGCAGCUCCAGCUCUGCGACAGCACAGGCUACAUGCACACACACACGUGCACAUGUGUAUAUCCAUAGCAAAAGAGCCUCGCCCAGGGUGUCUGCCACCAGCAUAGAUCACAGUAGC